UUAGGAAAAUAAUUACUUAUAAUGAUUACAUACGCGAAAAUUAUUUACUCAAUUUUUGGAGCAUUUGUUCUCUUAGUGUUAGCAAUCAAAACUGGAUACGCUUGUAGAAUAUCAGAAUUUCCAUGUCGUGGAAGUAGUUUAUGUAUACCAUUGGAUAAAUAUUGUGAUGGUAGAGAUGAUUGCGGAGAUUUAAGUGAUGAACCGAAAGGAUGUACUGUGUGCAACAGAACAUAUUAUGGUGAUGUUGCUAGAACAUAUUCACUGAAAGUACCAAAACCACAAUGGAAUCGAUUACCAUUUUUAUGUCAUUUGACAUUUACAGCAUCAGGACAUGAACAAGGCGAUAUUGUUCAGAUUAUUUUCGAUGGAUUUACUGUUGGACGUUUUGACGAGGGCAUGGUUGAUCCUGAUGCUGAUGGUAUAGAUUCCAGUUUUAGUUCAAUCGGUGAAUUACCUGGUUGUCCUGAGGGAUUUAUGCAGUUAAGUGAAUUGGGCCGACCAUUUACUGGUGGUUCAUGGUGUGGAAAAGCUUCUGGACCACAGCUUUAUUUUAGUGAAACAUCAACUGUUACAGCAUCUGUAAAAGUGUUUCAUCCACCCAGUCAACCUGAUGAUAAUUCCUUUGAAUUUAGGAUAAGAUAUAAAUUUAUAAGUCAAUCGGAUGCACUAGUUAGGUAUGGCAGUAGUGAUAAAGUGUUAGAAUUAGGACGUGUUACACCAGGAACAUAUUGUACAAGGCAAUUUGAUGAAUGCUAUAGAAAAAAUUGUCGUUUACAAAGUCCCAAUUAUCCUGGAAUGUAUCCAAGAAAUGUCACAUGUUAUUGGACAAUUCGACAAAAAGAAGUUCCUACAUGCAAGCAUGCAAUGAUAGCUGUUAGUCAAGAAAAUCAACAUAAAUCUUUAGUUAAGAGGUCGAUAGCAAGUUUUAAUAAAACAUCCAGAUCAAUUCGUGCAUGGUCUGAUUGUACAGGUGAAAGGGAUCAUUUGAUAUUCUAUGAUGGUAGUUCAACUAAUGAUCCUGUUUUAGCAAAAUAUUGUGGAGGUGAUUGGCUGCCAAAAGUUGUUUCUCGUGGUUCAGAAAUGUUAGUUGCAUUUCAUUCAAGUCCAUUUUCUGCUCCAUUACAAAGUGGUAUUCCUAAUCGAGGAUUUGAAUUAGAUGUUGAUAUUUUAUUUGCUGAUUCAGAUUCAUAUGAUUUUUCAAAAGGACCCAACAAAUAUAUAUGCGAAUUUCAUAUAAAUGCAUCAAAUCCAGAUGAUGUCUUAUUUUCAAGACGUGGUAGAAUGGGUCGUAUCGUUAGUCCUAGACAUACACUGCCACCAAAUACAUCAUGUACAUAUUAUUUUCAUGGAUAUCCUGGUGAUUUGAUUUGGUUAUCAUUUACAAGCUAUAGUUUACAAAUACUUCAGCAAGCUAUACACGAUAAUAAUACAUUGGGACGGGCUGAUUUACCACCAUGGAUCACAAGAUUACGUAUGUGGGAUAGUCAUGGUACAUAUGUUCCAAUGAAAAUAACAACAACAACUUUAUCACCUGCCGGUAAUAGUGGUUCAUCAACUGGACGUGGUUCAUUAUAUAAUCAACAACAGCAGCAACAACAGCAACAGCAUAUAUUUAAUAAUACACAUUUUGGUCCAUAUUAUUAUAGUCCAUUAAAUCCAAAAUAUGGUAAAAAUAUACGUGUUAAUAUUGAUAAUGCAUGGAAUCCAGUUGAUACAUAUAUAUAUGGACCAACACAACCAAGUAUAUUUAAUCAAGAAAAUAAAUAUGGUGGAUAUUUACAACAAAAAUUUAUUGGUAAUGGUAUUGCUGGUGUUAAAGAAAGCUUUAAUUUUAUUGCAACUGGAAAAUUUGAUAAAAGCUCAAAAGAGAGUAGUGAAAGUAAAAUUGGUUUAUCAAGUGGUAAUAUAAGUGGUAAAAAUAAACGUCGUUUAAUGCUUGAAAUUUAUGAUUAUGAAACACCAAAAUUAUGUGAUCAUACAGCAAUAACAACAUUAACUGGACAUAAUUUAAGACCAUGCAGUCCAUUAGAAAGUUAUGUUAGUUCUGGAAGAGAUUUAAAAAUCGAAUUUCAUACACAUACUGGUACUGCCUUAUAUCCAGCACAAUUUUCAUUAAAUUAUGAAUUUGUUGAUACUGAAAUGGGGGGUGAUUUUUGGCCAGGACGUCGUGGUGAAGAUCCUGUACCACCAUUAUGCACUAGAUUAUUUAAAAAACGUAAAGGAAAUGUUCAAUCACCACGUAAUGUUUUCUUAUAUGGAAGAGGUGGUGCAAAAAAUCUAACAUGUUUAUAUAGAUUUGAAGCUGGUGUAUCAGAACGAAUAAAAUUAACAUUACAUAAUGUUUCAUUUGGUGAAAGUACAUCAUGUAUAACAGAUUCAGAUUUACAUACUGGUCGGCCACGUUGUACUAAUCAAGAAAUUGGACAAGAUGCAAGAAUUAGUGAAUUAAAAUUAUAUGAUGUACCAUUUCGAGAUGUUAAAAUACCACUUGGUUGUUUAUGCGAUAAUACAAGUGCUUUAUAUAAUGCUCCAUUAACUUUUAUAUCGAAUUCACGUACAAUGGAAUUAACAUUUACAGUUACAAGAUUAAAUAUAUCAGAAGAUUUUGCUGAUGUUUAUUUUUAUGCAUCAUAUGAAUUUAAACGUGUUACCGAAUGUAGAAAAAAAUUAAAAUUAAAGGGUAAUGGUGGUGAAGAUGAAAUUAAAUAUCCAUUAAAAUCACAGGAUUCAAGUUGUGAAGGUUCUGCAUGGUAUAUUGAAGUACAACAACCAGAUCGUAGCUUAUUUAUACAAACAUGGGGAUCAUAUUUACCAAAUGAUCCAACAUCAGAAGAUGCAAUGCGAUGUCAUACAAAAAAUCGUUUAAUGAUUUAUUCUGGUAGACCAUUAAAAAUAACAAGAGUUAUAUGCCCAUCACAGCCAGGACCAAGACCAUCAUCAUUACAAAUAUUCUCUGAGGAUUGGGUUAACGGACAAUCAAUUUUUACAAAUAAACCAGUUAGUCUGAUAUUAGAACCAAUAUUUAAAGAACCUGGUGAAAUACAUUUUAAAUGGUUAGAAAUUCAACAUACUAGAUCAUCAUUUCUUCAACAAUUGGAUUUACAAGCAAAUUUCACUGCAAUCAAUGAUACACUCACGGAAUUUGGAUUAUUUCCAAGGGAAUCUGAUUGUGAAUAUAAAUGUCCUGAAAUUGAUGCUUGUAUAUCUGGAAAUUUAUGGUGUGAUGGUAUACCAAAUUGUCCAUCAGGAUUUGAUGAAUCUGAAGAAGAAUGUGGUACAGCAAGAAAAUUAUUAGAAUUAUCUGGUGGUAUAUUUGCUGCAUUAGGUUGUAUUGCAGCAGCAAUAACAGCAUGUAUACUAUUUUGUAUAUUUGGUUUAAUGAGAAAACGAAAAAAAUCUGUUAAUCAAAAAACUGUUUUAAAUGGUACUAUGAAAAAGGAUACAUUUAAAAAGGAUCCAUUAUAUAUUGAUCCAGCAUCCUGACACGGGCUUCAACCGGUCGAAUAUAUUCAAGUCGAUCGGGAAACUACUGUGUGAUAUGCUGCUAUUUCAAAUGCAAUUACUAAUAAUAUUAAUAUUAAUAAUUAUUAUGUUACUUAUUUUGCUGGAUAAUGAUGUUACUGAUUAUUAAUAAUUAUUAUAAUACAAAUGAUGAUGAUGAUGCUGUAAUCUAUAUAAUAUUAAAUUUAAUUAUAAAUAUAUAUAAUUAUAAUAAUGAUGAUAUAAUGAUAAAAACAUAUGGUGUGUGAAAGGAUUAAUGUAAAAAAACAAAAAAAAAAAUAUAUAGUGAAAAAAAUUAAAUUUAAUUGCUCUUAAAUUUCGACAAAAAAAAUUAUUUUUAUUAAAUUAUAAAAAUUAUUUAUAUUAAUUUUCUUAAAUUAUAAUUUUUAAAGUUAAAAACUAUUAUA